AUGUCGAGCCAUGAUCUCUCACCGUGUCCGUUGGAUCCCUCUGUCACUAAUCAACUUCUGGAAGGGGUAGCCCGGUCCUCCCCACCCUUCCGUGCUAAGAUCCGAAUAAACCCCGGCCCGAGAUCCGCACCACGCCACACGGACUCCCGCUCCGUCCGUCCCAUCCCACGGAUACACUCAAACUUUCAACGACCAAAGGCAAACAGCAGAUCAUCCGAAACUUCCAGCCAGGCAUUUCAUCUUCUCCCUCCUGCGUGGUUUCUGUGCAAAGAUGCCGGGAGUACACUCCCGCUGUGGAGCAAUGCGAGAUCAUUUACGCAUAGUCAAUGCAUAUCAAGGCAGGAUAAUGUUCUGGAAUGGACGGAACAUACCAAGCGAAUCCUCUCACCCGUGAUUGAAUAA